AUGGUGAGCAGUGUUCAAUCAAAAUUUAAGAUCCAAGGAUACAGUGAUGUUGUCAAUUCUGAUAAGGAUCGCCUAAGAAUCUUUAGACCUUGCAUUCGUAUGGCUGAGUACAGAAUAUCAAUAUAUGGUAGGAAGCAAAGUGAGUGGGACCAAAUGGCUAGUUGGAUAGUGAACAAUGAAUUGUAUAGUGAGAAUGUUUUGCCACGGCUGUACAAUAUAUACAAGGAAAUGGGGAUAGUCAUAUCAUUUCAGAACAUUCUUGACAAUAUCUUUAUACCGCUAUUUGAGGUUACCAUAAAUCCAGAUUCCCACCCGCAGUUGCAUGUUUUUCUGAAACAGACUCCUAAUAUACAGUUUCAGGCUUUGAUUUACUACCUCACAGAUCUAAGUGAAUAG